UGUGCAUUAAAUUAGAACGGACUACUGGACUCGGAACAGAACGCGAACUUCUGAGUAUCUAUAAAACGCCGUCGCCAAAACAAGCUCAUCACCGGCUAUCGUUUAUGACGCGCACUAUUUAAUCACGCUGUCCGCGUCUCUCCUCUUUCGUCGAGUUGGGCAAACAUUCUCCAAUCUCCAACUCCACUGUGCAUCCGGCUACCAUCUCCUCCGAUUCGCCUUCGACUCUUCAUACUCGGCGCUCUCCUUCCCAGCGAUGCGGCGCAGAACAAUUCAUCGCGUGUGACGCGUGUCUACGGAGAAACUUUGAAUUUCUCCAUAUUUUAGCCCUAAAUGCUACUUUUUCCCUCGCGAAACCCAUAAAUUCCAUGCGAUCACCGGGAAACCUAGGCGAAUUCGGAACGAUCCUGCGGUGAAUUGAUUGCAGGGCUCAUACGACGGAGAAGGUCGGUGAAUUCGAUGAAAUUAUGGUUAAUUUCGAGGAUGAGAACAAGCAGUGCGGCGGCGAUUCGUGCUCGAAGUCGAUCAACGAGACAGUGAACGGCUCGCAUGAUUUCACGAUAAAGGGGUAUUCUUUGGCGAAAGGGAUGGGGGCAGGGAAGUACAUAUCGAGCGAUACGUUCACGGUUGGAGGCUACGAUUGGGCAAUCUACUUUUAUCCCGACGGCAAGAACCCGGAGGAUAGUUCCAUGUACGUGUCGGUGUUUAUUGCGUUGGCGAGCGAGGGGACUGACGUUAGGGCUUUGUUUGAGUUGACGUUGUUGGAUCAGAGUGGAAAAGGGAAACAUAAGGUUCAUAGUCAUUUUGAUCGGGCGUUGGAGAGUGGCCCGUAUACGUUGAAGUACAGAGGGAGCAUGUGGGGUUAUAAGCGUUUCCUCAGGAGAGCAACUUUAGAAACUUCUGAUUAUAUAAAGGAUGAUUGUCUUGCCAUGCAUUGCACAGUUGGAGUUGUCAGAACACGUGUUGAGGGGCCCAAACAAUAUACUAUCCCUGUGCCACCAUCAGACAUGGGUCAGAGUCUUAAGGAAUUGCUAGAAUCUGAAGUUGGUUGCGACAUAGUUUUCCAUGUUGGGGAUGAAACAUUUAAAGCUCACAAGUUGAUACUUGCUGCUCGUUCUCCUGUAUUUAGAGCACAAUUUUUUGGCCUUGUCGGAAAUCCUGACAUUGAUGAAGUCCAUGUAGAGGAUAUUCAACCCUCGAUUUUUAAGGCUAUGCUCCUCUUUAUUUACUCGGAUAAACUUCCUGAUGUACAUGAUAUUACGGGCUCAACCUCAAUGUGCACAUUAACAAACAUGGUGCAGCAUCUUCUGGCUGCUGCUGACCGCUUUAAUUUGGAUCGGCUAAAACUAUUAUGUGAAGCAAAGUUGUGUGAAGAUGUUACUGCUGACACAGUGGCAACAACACUUGCCUUAGCUGAGCAGCACCAUUGUUCAAAUCUCAAGGAUGUUUGUUUGAAAUUUGCUGCCACUCCAGGAAAUUUGGGAGUGGUGAUGCAGUCAGAAGGGUUUAGAUACUUGGAAGAGAGCUGUCCUUCAUUGUUAUCUGAGCUGUUGGGAACAAUUGCUUCAGUGGAUGAGAAUUCGGGUCUCCUGUUGAGCCGGAAAAGGAGUGGCAGCAGCAUAUUCGCACUUGUCCUAGCAGAUGAUGGGGCUGUGGCUGCGACUGCUGCGGCAGAAUCGGUGAAUCCCAAUGUCAGGCGCUUGCGCAGGCGGCUUUAGUGCAUGUAGGUAUUUUAGUGCAAGAAUGCCAAAACUAGAGUCCCUAGAGAGUGGUAUGGCUUCUAACAGAACUGCAGCUCAUUCCAUGUUAAUAUUAACAAGUGAUCAGUAAACUGUGUUAAUUUGGUUCUUUACUAUCAUGUUCUAGUUUUCUUGUAGGGCAAAAGUUUUUGGCUUUCAGCCAAUAUGCAUUGCUGCCUCUUUCAGCUA